AUGGCAGUGAACAUGGAGCAAUCGGCAAUCUACCCCAGCCUGCGGGGCAAGACCGUUCUUAUCACGGGUGGCGCCGAAGGCAUUGGCGCCGCGGCGGUCGAGCUCUUUUGCAGGCAAGGCUCCAAUGUCGUCUUCCUGGACAUUGCCGAGUCUUCUGCCCAGACUGUCUGCGACAACAUCAAGGCCAUUGAAGGCGCCACGCAGCCCGUCUUCAUGCGCUGCAACGCCGCCAACCUCGACGAGCUCCGAGCCUGCGCCACCAAGACUCUCGAGAAGUUCGGACGGGUACACGUCCUCAUAAACAACGUCGGCGCCGCCGGCCCAAAGACACGCGUGCCCACGGCAGAGGUGACACCCGAGUCGUUCGAGACCGACGUCAACGUGAACCUGCGCCACCAGUUCUUCCUCACGCAGGCCAUCGUGCCGUCGAUGCGGGAGCACGGCAGCGGAAGCAUCAUCAACAUGGGCUCCAUCUCGUGGAGACUGCCGGCGACGGGUCUGCCCAUCUACACGACCAUGAAGGCGGCCGUCAUGGGCAUGACGAGGACGCACGCGCGCGAGUUUGGCGAGUGGGGGAUCCGUGUCAACAGCAUCAUGCCGGGCGCGAUUGCGACGCAGCGCCAGAUUGACACUGUCUUGACGCCCGAGUAUGAGGCGGAGACGAUGGCGGGGCAGAGUUUGAAGAGGAGGCUGCUUCCGGUGGAGGUAGCGAGACUGAUGCUCUUCCUGGCCUCGGACGAUUCGAGCGCAAUAACUGGUGGUAGCCAUGUCGUCGACGGGGGCUGGUGUGGCGAUACUUAG